AGCCAUGCAAUGUUCCUGGAAGGCCGUCCUCCUCCUUGCCCUGGCCUCCAUCGCCAUCCAAUACACGGCCAUCCGCACCUUCACCGCCAAAUCCUUCCACACCUGCCCCGGCUUGGCCGAGGCAGGGCUGGCGGAGCGGCUGUGUGAGGAGGGACCUACCUUCACUUACAACCUCUCGCGCAAGACCCACAUCCUCAUCCUGGCCACGACGCGCAGCGGCUCCUCUUUCGUGGGCCAGCUCUUCAACCAGCACCUGGACGUCUUCUACCUGUUUGAGCCCCUCUACCACGUGCAGAAUACGCUCAUCCCCCGCUUCACACAGGGCAAGAGCCCUGCAGAUCGGCGGGUCAUGUUGGGUGCCAGCCGCGACCUCCUUCGAAGCCUCUAUGACUGUGACCUCUACUUCCUGGAGAAUUACAUCAAGCCCCCGCCGGUCAACCACACCACCGACAGGGUCUUCCGCCGAGGGGCCAGCAGGGUCCUCUGCUCGCGGCCGGUGUGUGACCCCCCGGGCUCCGCCGACCUGGUCCUGGAAGAGGGAGACUGUGUGCGCAAGUGUGGCCCGCUGAAUUUGACCAUGGCAGCCGAGGCCUGUCGAGAGCGCAGCCACGUGGCCAUCAAGACCGUGCGGGUCCCUGAGGUCAACGACCUGCGGGCUCUGGUUGAAGACCCUCGGUUAAACCUGAAGGUCAUCCAGCUUGUCCGCGACCCGCGGGGCAUUCUGGCCUCACGGAGCGAGACCUUCCGAGACACGUACCGACUCUGGAGACUCUGGUACGGCACCGGGAGGAAGCCCUACAACCUGGAUGUGACGCAGCUGACCACGGUGUGCGAGGACUUUGCCAACUCCGUGGCUACCGGCCUCAUGCGGCCACCGUGGCUCAAGGGCAAGUACAUGCUGGUGCGUUACGAGGACCUGGCCAGGAACCCCACGAAGAAGACAGAGGAGAUCUACGACUUCCUGGGCAUCCCCCUGGACAGCCACGUAGCACGCUGGAUACAGAAUAACACGCGGGGUGACCCGGCCCUGGGCAAACACAAAUACGGCACCGUGCGCAACUCGGCUGCCACCGCCGAGAAGUGGCGCUUCCGCCUCUCCUACGACAUCGUGGCCUUUGCGCAGAACGCCUGCCAGCAAGUGCUGGCCCAGCUGGGUUACAGGAUGGCCACCUCGGAGGAGGAGCUGAAGAAUCCCUCCAUCAGCCUGGUGGAGGAGAGGGACUUCCGCCCUUUCUCAUGA